CAGCGCACUCUCUCGGGAACGCGGUUGCACUAUUCGACUCAAUUUCGUUAUCAUCCGUUGUCAUUUUACUCUUAUGUGCAACGGACUUUUCUCUUAUGUUCACAUCUAUUUGUGUGAAGAUGACUAGCUUGAAGGCGUUUAAGGAGCCAUUCGAUAGAAUAAUCUCUGAACCAGUGGAGGACACAGAUACUAGUAGCUUCAUGGCAGAAAUGUCCUUGAAGUCCAACUAUCCAGUCCAAGUCACAGAACCUCAAGAUGCAGUGACACUGCAGCUGAGGUCCAUGCCACCUGGCUACCUCACACCUCCCUCAGGCAGAAUAAGACAGCCAGUAGAAGUUGGUGUGGAGUGCAUCUGCACAGGCUCCAUCUUACAAGACUUCCCCAAGGAGCUGCAGUUCUUGAACAACCCCUGUGAGAAGUGCUGUUGCUCAGCUCCACCUCCAAAGAUCAGUGACCUCAUGGAUGACAAGGACUUGCUGGACUUACUGCGUCUUAAACUGGACCCAAAUCAUUGCACUGUUAAGAACUGGAAGAACUUUGCGAGCCGUUGGGGUAUGAGCUAUGAUGAGCUGACUCUGUUGGAGCACCGGACCCAGGGCUCAAUGUGCCACAGCCCCACACAAGAGUUCCUGCUGCGCAACAACCACAAGACCGUCACUGAGCUCACCGAACUUUGCCGGGUGUACCAGCGCAUUGAUGUGCUGCGGCUUCUGCAACGCUGGAUGGAUAACGACUGGCCCUCACGCUGGCAAAAUGCUCAUUAACCACUUGCCCCAACCCCUGAAAAUCCCUCAGAAAUUAUGCAUAUUACUUUUUACAUUUUGCUAUACACUUUAUUGAAUUAGCAACAGGGACUUGGACCAUUUUUUUCUUUAACAGAAGCCCAUUUAUUUAACAUCCAGUGGUUCCAGGAUUUUGGUUGAGUUGGUGUGCAAAAGACCGGUGGAUCACAUUUUAUGACUCCUGCGGAGUUAAGGACUUAAUAGGACUGUUUUCCAUUGUGUACUCUUUACCAAUACUGUAGUUCUGAGCAUCUCAACCAGCUCAUUAUUUUCUUUUUCAAAGGUCCCGCAACCUCAGAAUUGCUGUGUGUCCAAUAGUGAUGGGUUGUUCGCGAACAAACGGCUCUUUAUGAACAGAUCCUUUUUGGUGAACUUCAGGAAACAAAUCGCAUCGUUGAAAGAGACGUUCAUUUGGCUCCCUGAUUUGCAUACUGCUACUAUGCAAAUAUAACAUGUACAUUCUGGUCCACAUUCAUUUUUGCAGUGCGUUAAAAAUGAACACCAUUUUUUUGGGACCGAUCUAAUAAUUUGACCACGUAAACAUUUGUUUGAACACGUAUUUCACGAUCUGACAUAAUGGUAGCCUACCAUUUGGGCUUUACAUUGGAGAUUGGAAAUCAUGGUUCUAGGUCAAUCUUAAGUUGAACUGUGCUAACCAACAUGGCACAUCAAGAAGUGGAAAAGAGAGAAGAUUUAAAUGGUGAACUGUUAGUACAUUUUUACUUAUUAGAACAGUCACCAUAGUAAUGACAGACAAUAAUAAUCAAUGUAGUAUACAGUGCCUUGCGAAAGUAUCCGGCCCCCUUGAACUUUGCGACCUUUUGCCACAUUUCAGGCUUCAAACAUAAAGAUAUAAAACUGUAUUUUUUGUGAAGAAUCAACAGGUGGGACACAAUCACCAAGUGGAAUGACAUUUAUUGGAUAUUUCAAACUUUUUUAACAAAUCAAAAACUGAAAAAUUGGGUGUGCAAAAUGAUUCAGCCCCUUCACUUUCAGUGCAGCAAACUCUCUCCAGAAGUUCAGUGAGGAUCUCUGAAUGAUCCAAUGUUGACCUAAAUGACUAAUGAUGAUAAAUACAAUCCACCUGUGUGUAAUCAAGUCUCCGUAUAAAUGCACCUGCACUGAUAGUCUCAGAGGUCCAUUAAAAGCGCAGAGAGCAUCAUGAAGAACAAGGAACACACCAGACAGGUCCGAGAUACUGUUGUGAAGAAGUUUAAAGCCGGAUUUGGAUACAAAAAGAUUUCCCAAGCUUUAAACAUCCCAAGGAGCACUGUUCAAGCCAUAAUAUUGAAAUGGAAGGAGUAUCAGACCACUGCAAAUCUACCAAGACCUGGCCGUCCCUCUAAACUUUCAGCUCAUACAAGGAGAAGACUGAUCAGAGAUGCAGCCAAGAGGCCCAUGAUCACUCUGGAUGAACUGCAGAGAUCUACAGCGGAGGUGGGAGACUCUGUCCAUAGGACAACAAUCAGUCGUAUAUUGCACAAAUCUGGCCUUUAUGGAAGAGUGGCAAGAAGAAAGCCAUUUCUUAAAAAUAUCCAUAAAAAGUGCCGUUUAAAGUUUGCCACAAGCCACCUGGAAGACACACCAAACAUGUGGAAGAAGGUGCUCUGGUCGGAUGAAACCAAAAUUGAACCUUUUGGCAACAAUGCAAAACGUUAUGUUUGGCGUAAAAGCAACACAGCGCAUCACCCUGAACACACCAUCCCCACUGUCAAACAUGGUGGUGGCAGCAUCAUGGUUUGGGCCUGCUUUUCUUCAGCAGGGACAGGGAAGAUGGUUGGGUGGGAAGAUGGAUGGAGAAGAUUGAUGGGAAGAUGGAUGGAGCCAAAUACAGGACCAUUCUGGAAGAACCUGAUGGAGUCUGCAAAAGACCUGAGACUGGGACGGAGAUUUGUCUUCCAACAAGACAAUGAUCCAAAACAUAAAGCAAAAUCUACAAUGGAAUGGUUCAAAAAUAAACAUAUCCAGGUGUUAGAAUGGCCAAGUCAAAGUCCAGACCUGAAUCCAAUCGAAUCUGUGGAAAGAACUGAAAAUUGCUGUUCACAAAUGCUCUCCAUCCAACCUCACUGAGCACGAGCUGUUUUGUAAGGAGGAAUGGGAAAAAAAUUCAGUCUCUCGAUGUGCAAAACUGAUAGACAUACCCCAAGUGACUUACAGCUGUAAUCGCAGCAAAAGGUGGCGCUACAAAGUAUUAAGGGGGCUGAAUACUUUCGCAAGGCACUGUAUAUAAUAUGGCAAAGGAGACAGUGUUGCGUAUUGGUCUUUAUAGUCUCAUAAAAACAUGAAUCAUCUCCAAAUAUUGUAUUGUUUGUAUUAAUAGUUAAUGAGUCUUGAUUAUUUUGGGAUAGUUUGAUGAAGCUGAGGUCAUGUUGUCAAAUGAGAUCACACUCCGGUCUGAAUCCUAAUUAGCAAUUUUCUCUUACGUUUUAUAUUUUUUUGUGGUUACAAUUCCCCCCCACCCCCACUUGAAGCAAAUAAAAGCUAGAUGUUUUCCAGCUU